CUCCGCCCGCCAUGUCGACCAGUGCACCGCGCCACUCGCUCUAUCCCGCCACGGCACACCUCGCGCCGUCGUACGGCGCGCCGCAGCAUUCCGCGUCGCUCUCGAGCCUCGCGAGCUGCGUCGCCAGCGUUGAGCUCAGCUGCCAGACGCUCGAGUCAUCCGUAGCACUGCUGCAGACGGCCACCGCAGACAUGCCGCGCCUCGCCAAGGUGCUGGCGUCGCGGCGCCACUUUGACCUCGUCUCGGAGCGCGACAUUCGCUCGGCGCGCGACCACCUCAGCGCCGAGAUUGCGCCGCAGCUGCGCGAGCUCAUCCCGCUGGCCGAGCAGGCACUCGAGCGCGAGGAGAAGGUCGUCAAGUCGCUCAAGAGCAAGCACCAGCAGAUCACAGCGCGGCAAGCGCAGCUCACGUCGAUGCAUGCGCCGGCGCGUGUGUCGCUGAAGGCGCGGCCAGCGCAGGCAGACGGGCCCGACCUCGAGGCCACGCGGAGAAAGGUGGAGGAGCUGCGAGGGCGAAAAGAGACGCUGCAGAAGCGCGUCGAGAAGCUCGAGACGGAGGUAGAGCGCGAGGAGACCGAGGCCUCGCUGCUGGCCGCGAGCUCGAAGGUCCGCACGAGCAACUAGGUGCCCCGCGAGCGCCCGAUACCGACGAUGAUGCUGUGCCUCACGCGCGUGUAAGACUAGGGUUCAGACUGUUGUACAAUUAUGUUCUGUCUUGUCCUCCAG